AUGGAUGCAAAGUUGAAAUCUGGUCAUAAAUAUGACAUCAUAAUAAAUCCUCCUGAAUUUCAUAUAAGUCAAGAUCUGACUGAAUAGUAAAAAGAAGAGAACAAAUAAAAAAUGGUCAAAUUUCUUUAGACUGCUAUUUAGAUUGGGAAUCUAAAAAAGUAUGAGUCUAUAGCAAUUCCUGCGUGUUUGAAAUCAAUGAAAAAUCUCAAACCUAAAACCGAAAUAUUCCAAGCAAUAUUUGAUGCUAUUGAUUAAUAUGAUCUAAGCAAACAAUCUUCUUCAGGAUCAUUAAAAGUAAUCAAGAUUAUUUUAGAAGACGAACAAGAGAGUGAAUUAUUCAAUGCCAUUUCUUAGAAAAUGUAUAUUCAAAGAAAGCCUUAUAGCUUACUUAUAGAGGAUCAUAUGAAAAAAGAGGAGGAAAAGUAAAGUAAUGAGAUUUCUGAGUUAAACAAUAAGCUCUAACUUAUAAUCGAAUUGUUGUCCCCUAAAAUGAAAUCUUAAAAAGAAAACUUACACAGGGGUUUUAGUUUUGAAGAUAAGGUUGAAUAAACAUUAAGAAAACUUCUAAAAUGUAGUGAUUGUGAGAAUUUUUAAACUUUUGAUGAACAAGAAUUGAUUGAUCAUCAAGAUAAUUUUUGUGGAAUUAUUCUUUUAGAGUGUGAUUUCUGCUUCAAUAAAUAUGAUAUAGAAUAUAUGGAAGUGCAUGUUUAAUAUGAGUGUGAAGAGAAUUAUGUCGAUUGCCAAUAUUGUCAAGAUCGAAUAAUAAAAUAUCAAAUAGGUGAUCAUGAAUAAGCUCAUCAAGAAUAAAUAAGAAUAGAGGAGGAAAAUUUGAAAUUGUUUUCAUAACAUGAAUAAUAAGCAGCAGAAUUAUAAGUUUAUGAGCUUAUAAAAUUCUAGCAAGUGCAAAAAAUACUUAAGAAGUAGGAAGAAGAAGAUUUUCUUUUUGCGUAAAUGAUUGAUUAGCAGAGUGAUCGAAGUGAUUUAGCAAAUAAAUUAGUACCUAUUGUAGUUGGAGAAAAUUAAAUCGAAAGCAAUAAAAACUAAGUUGAUGAGGUCUAAAAUAAUCAAGAGAGUAGUGAAAGAGAUGAUGAAGUACAAAAGGAAAAAGUUUGUCUUCUUUGUAAUCUUGAAAUACAAGAAGUAGAUAUUUGUCAUAAAUUGCUUUGUGGGCAUGAAUUUCAUAAAUCCUGUAGCGAAGAAUGGCUAAUUAAAUGCUAUUUCUGCCCUGAAUGCCACUUUGAUUAAAGAUAUGUUCCUUGA